AUGCAAAGAGUUUUAAAUAAAUCUUACGUCUGCUUUUUUAGGGGAAUUAAAACCUCCCACAUUAUAUCAAAUGAUAUAAAAAGAAAUUGCUGUUUUUUGGACUUUAAUAAAAUAAAGAAUGAUGAUAAAUAUCAAGCGUUUGGUAUAAAUAAAAAAUAUAUAACUCGCUAUUGGGCAGAACAUACGAAUAAAAAAAUUCAUGAAUCAAAAAUUAAUGAAUGGAGAGAACAGUUUCCCAUAUUAGCUGAUUAUGAUGAUAAAGAUUUAAUGAUAUGGAGAAAUUCUUUCAAUAAUAUGGAUAAAGAUAAAGAUAAUUUUAUAUCACAUGCAGAUUUACAAAAAAGUGAUUGGAGUUUAGAAAAGUAUACACUUUUCCAAAAUUAUGAUAUGGAUAAAAAUAAUUUAAUAGACUUUGGAGAAUAUAUACAAGCUGUUAUAGAUAUAGACACACAACACUUUAAAAAUUUCUUUCAGGGAUUUAGUAAAAUAGACAUUGAGUUGGAAUUCGAAAAAUACGCAAUUACUGAAAAGGAAAAUAAUAAAAAGGUUAUCCCCCUUUCGAAAUUAAUGCAAAUGAUAACAGACAAAGAGUUCACAUGUGUAACAGAAACGGACUCACUAAAACUAUUUAAAUCUAUGGAUAUGAAUAAAGAUGGAUCGAUAGAUUUUGAGGAUUUCCUACAAUGGGUAGGAAAAAAGUGA